UACUUAGUGAUGCGGCGACUAUAGCGUCCGACGCGAUACUCCACCGCUCACAGGUCAACGAAGUGCUCUGCAACUUUGAAAAUGUCUUAAAGCAAGUCGAUAGAUGACUAAAGCCUGUUUCGGGGUAGAAUUUAGGCGUAAUAGAAAUAGUACAGUAGAUUUAGUAUCUUCACUGUCCUCAAGACGACCAGUAUGUUGCCUUGGAAGAAGAAUAAGUUCGAGCUGAUCGAGGAAGACAAGCAGCAGUCCAAGCAGAAGGGCUAUGCCGUGAGCCUCAACUACUCCGCGCUCACCUCCUUCGCCAAAUCCUGCCCAGAAAGCGCACUCAACAGAGUCGGGAGCAUGUUCAAAUCCAAGAGGAAAAAGGUGAAGAUCACCAACGAGGACCCUACGUAUACGGUCUUGUAUCUGGGGAAUGCCACCACCAUUCAGUCCAAGGGGGACGGAUGCACGGACGUGGCCGUCAGUAAGAUUUGGGGCAAGAGCGAGAUGGGGAAGAACGGCACCAAGAUGAAGUUGACCAUCAGCUCGCAGGGCAUUCGCAUGGUCCACGUCGACGAAAAGGCGAAGAGACCUGGACAUCUCUAUUUAUUGCACAGGAUCACCUACUGUGUCGCAGACCCGCGGCUCCCCAAGGUAUUCGCCUGGAUCUACCGGCACGAGAUGAAGCACAAGGCGGUGAUGCUGCGCUGCCACGCCGUGCUGGUGUCCAAGCCGGAGAAGGCGAAGGCCAUGGCGCUGCUCCUCUACCAGACCUCAGCGACAGCACUGGCCGAGUUUAAAAGACUCAAAAGAAGGGACGAUGCCAGGCACCAGCAGCAGCAGUUGAUCGGGGAGCAAACGAUUCCCUUGGUGCCCUUGAGGAAGCUGCUAAACGGACAGUGUUACUAUAAACCCCCGGUGGAGCGCAGCAGGAGCGCACCGAAGCUGGGCUCCAUCACGGAGGACCUGGUCGGGGAAGAGGAAGAGGAGAAAGCCAUGCACUUUGAGUGCGAGGAUAUUCUGGACAACGACAGCGACUGUGUGUCUAACGGCAAGCAAGAACUGAGUCAGAUUAUCAAUGACUUGGGCUCCAUGAGUAUAGGGAACGACGUGCAGACGCUAAAAGCCGAUCUGAGAGUGACUCGCCUGCUGUCCGGGGAGAGCACGAGCAGCGAGUCCUCCAUAGAGAGCAACCAGGAGACUGUUUCUCUGUCUAAUGGCAUUGUGGAUAGGAAAAUGCAAGAAGUCGGCUGACUAAA